UUGAGCAUAAGCUCCCACAUUGUGGCAAAAAUUUAGCUAGGCCAAAAUAUUUCAAAGUGGGAAGAAAUAAGAGGCAAAGAUGUCGGUAGAUUUGGCGCCAAUUCUGAUAUCAGUGAUAUUUUUUGUGAUACUGUCACCGGGGCUGUUAUUCCAACUCCCCGGAAGCAAGAAGGGGAUAGAGUUCGUGAACAUGCGAACGAGUGGUCUCUCCAUCUUCGUGCAUACCAUAAUCUUCACUGCAAUACUUUGCAUCUUGCUUAUUGCCAUUGGAGUCCACAUAUAUGUCGGAUAGAUCAUCAAUUUGCUUCUGCUUCAUUUCUCUUACAUUAUUCAUUCAUACUAUUCUUCUUUUUUUCUUCAUUUUAAUUUUAUUUCUGCGAGAUUUUCUUAGUCUACGUAUGAUAUGUGUUGUUAUCUUCAAGAAGCUUACCUAUAUAUCGCAUUGAUUGUCAUUAGACAUGGGCUCAUUCUUCUUCUUUUAUUUUUCCUCUCUGAAUUACUUAUUUUCUGCCAACCAAAAUCUAUAGUAAUAUCAAUAGCAACG